CUGGUGGACGUGAGCAAGAGCAUUGAGGACGGGGGAAACCUCCCGAUCGUCAAGCAAGCGCUGCUGGAUGUGGUGUUGCCCUACGUGGACCCGUCUCAAGGGCGGCCCGCCGAGAACAGCAACGCGGCGCUGAUGACCUUUACCGACGAAACGGAUCCCCUGGUGCCGAUGGCGUCUUUUGACGAGACGGAGGGCGCGAAGGCCGAAUGGUUGAACGCGGUAAACGAGAUGGCCACGCAGGAUCGGCCGGCGUACAUCUACGAUGCCGUUAAAGAUGCCCACCUGAUGCUGGCGGGGUUGGACGAGAAGACGAAAACCCGUAGAGCCAACGUGAUUGUGCUGCUGACCGAUGGAUCGGACGGCGGGUUCAAGGUGAUUGACCCGGCGAGUGCGACGCCGUGUCCUGAUGGGAUGGGGGCUCCGGGACAGGUGUGCAGCAGGACGUCGGAUGCGGGCGGCAACGAUGCGGCGUAUACACCCUUCGAUCCUGCAGAUCUGGACCCGUGUCCGGCGGGACUGGCAGUUGCUCCGGGGAGAGCUUGCGUGGAGUCGUCCAGCGAGACCACACAGAAUGAACUGCUGAGGCUGUUGGGAACGGAAGACAAGGUACCCAACAUGUUGGUCCAUACCAUAGGGUUUGGCCAGGAGGCGGACCAGACGCUGCUGAAGCUACUGGCCAAAGCGGGCAAGAUCGAAGGCCGCUACGUCUACGCCGAUCACUAG